CAAUGACCUCUUUGAUUUCACUUUCUGAGACUCUUGGGAUUUCGGGGUCUUCGGGAAGGACCAGCUGGGAACCGUGGGCUGCUGGAGUUCGUUGUGAGCAGCGCCCCCUCUCCGCCCUCCUCCCUUGUAUCUGCGCUUCUGUGUGCUCAGUGCACCGUGGCAAGAGAGACUCCUUCGCCACCCCACCCCCGCCUCCCCCACCAGUUGGGCUGGGCGAGACCCGGGAGGGCCCCAAAGUCAGCUUCCUGCCGUUGCGAUUUAGAGCCCAGCUUGCUUCAGAUCCUUCAGUCAAUCGCUUCCUAGAAAUGUGGAGGGGGGUGGGAUAGGGGUCAGCUCUCUCUUCUGCGUUCCUGGAGAGGUGUAGGGGUCCCCAGCAGAGCCCUCCCCCCACCCCCAGCCCCAGGAAUGCGUUUCCCUGAGCAUCCUAGGGAUGAGGAAGGGGGACCCAGAAAGCUGAGAGUUCGGAUUGCCAGGAGAUGGGAGGGACCGGGAGAGGAGGCAUCCAGGCAGGAGCUGAAGGUGAGGAAGAGGCCAGGACAAGAAGCCUCCUGGGGACACCCAAGCCCGCGAUCAUCGGGAUGGGCUCUGACCUUGCCCUUGCCCUGGAUGAUUCCAGAGCACAAAGUCAUCAUCGUGGGACUGGACAACGCAGGAAAGACCACCAUUCUCUACCAGUUCCUGACCAAUGAGGUGGUCCACACCUGUUCCACCAUCGGCAGCAAUGUGGAAGAAAUAGUUUUUCAGAAGACCCACUUCCUUAUGUGGGACCUAGGGGGCCAGGAGGCGCUGCGCCCCACCUGGGACACAUACUACUCCAAUGCUGAGUUUGUUAUCCUUGUGAUCGACAGUACAGACCGGAAGCGAUUGUCAACCACGCGAGAAGAACUGUAUAAGAUGCUGGCCCAUGAGGCACUUCAAGAUGCUUCGGUCCUGAUCUUGGCCAACAAGCAGGAUGUAAAGGGCUCCAUGACCACAGCAGAGAUCUCCCGAUUCCUCAAACUCAGUGCCAUCAAAGACCACCCGUGGCAUAUCCAGGGCUGCUGUGCUCUCACGGGAGAAGGGCUGCCAGCUGGGCUCCAGUGGAUGCAAUCCCAGGCCACCACCAACUGAUGCCCCAGCUUGAGGCCAAAAACGAGAGACCACAUGGCUAUCACCCGUGAGAAACGCCUGUCAUUUGCCGGUGCAAACAUGGUGGCUAUGGACAGAGAGACGACCACUGUCCUGUCACUGAAAGCUGGUGCAGACAGGACCGAAAUGGUCCUCACUCCAUCAUCACUGCAGGUGUAAGAAGACACGGGGGAACCUGCCAGGUGUGUUGGGGGCUUCGCCCAGCCCUCACCUUCUGUCUGCCGGGAAAGCAAGAGAUCUUUGACAUUGUUCCAUAUCCCCUGGACAGAGGAGACUCCGAUAAAGGAGACCAACGGACCCUGCCAAAAGCUGGGGGUGGGGUGGAGAGCGGGAGGGCGGCGCUGCAGACAGGCACCCGUAGACCUUGCAGGAGGUCGAAGCCCUCCCGUCCUUAGAUGCUGACUCUGAGCACAGCUUUUGGAGGGGUCCAAGUCACCACGUGGAAUCUUCUUUCCCUCCGUGUCCUCCCGAGGGGAGUCCUACUCCUCUCAAAUCAAAGAUUUCUACAGGACCUGCUCAUUUUGUCUUUGUGUCUUUUUUUUUUUUAAAAAAAACAAAACAAAACAAAACAAAACAAAACAUCCGCAUUAAGAUUUAAAAGGUUAAGGUACAUAAUAAAUGCCAUUGGAAACGG